AUGUUUUCUUUCUCCUCCCCCUCUUCUUCUUCUGCUUCUUCAUACUACUAUUCCAUACUAUUGGGAUUUAGUAUUGUAGCAACGACUCUAUAUGAAUCUAAUGCUCAACUAAACAGUACAUUUUACUCCUCUACUUGCCCCAACGCCUCAAGCAUAGUGAGAAAUGCAGUUCAACAAGCUAUGAAUUCUGACUCGCGGAUUGGCGCAAGCCUCAUUCGCCUUCAUUUUCAUGACUGCUUUGUCAAUGGAUGUGAUGCUUCAUUACUGUUAGACAACAGCGCCAGCAUACAGAGCGAAAAAGAUGCGGGCCCUAACACCAACUCCACAAGGGGUUUCGACGUUGUUGACAACAUCAAGACUGCUGUGGAGAAUUCGUGCUCCGGUGUUGUAUCUUGUGCCGACAUUCUUGCCCUCGCAGCUGAAGCUUCUGUAUCUUUGUCAGGAGGUCCAUCUUGGAACGUACAACUAGGAAGAAGAGACAGCUUAACCGCUAACCAGGGAGGAGCCAACACUUCCAUUCCAUCUCCUACCGAAGGCUUAACAAACAUCACUUCCAAAUUCUCCGCGGUCGGCCUAAACACCAACGAUCUAGUGGCACUAUCUGGUGCACACACGUUCGGACGAGCUCAAUGCCGAGCCUUCACCAACCGUCUCUACAACUUCAACGGAACAGGGAAUCCAGACCCAUCAUUGAACUCAACCUACUUGGCCACUCUACAGCAAACAUGUCCCCAAAACGGCAGCGGAACAACUCUGACGGACCUCGAUCCAAGCAGUGCCGAUAACUUCGACAACAACUACUUCACCAAUUUGCAGAACAACAGGGGGCUUCUUCAGUCGGACCAGGAGCUGUUUUCGACGUCGGGAGCCUCCACGGUCUCCAUUGUCAAUAACUUCAUCAGCAACCAGACAGCCUUCUUCGAAAGCUUCGCUCAGUCAAUGAUUAAUAUGGGGAAUAUUAGUCCCUUGACGGGAAGCAAUGGGGAAAUUAGAGUCGACUGUAAAAAAGUUAACGGAAGUUGAAAAUAAAUAAAUAACUUGUAACACGAUGUCGUAUUUUGGAGGACAUUUGUCAGUCAAAUUUUAUAAAAAAUAAUUAUACUCAAAUGGGUGCUUUUAAUUAUUCA